AUGGUAGCCCUGAGCAAAACGGAGGCCAUCGCCUUUGGCGGUCGAGGUUGGAAGACUCAGGCCGGUGUGUUCAUGAUGGUGGAUGGGGAGAGGGUACAUGUAAUGCCACACAUCAAAUACCUUGGCAUCAUAUUGGACCCACGGUGGAACUUCGGGGAGCACUUUAGACAGCUAGCUCCCCAAUUAGUGAGAACCGCAUCGGCACUCAGCCGACUGCUGCCCAACAUUGGUGGGCCUGGUGCUACAUGUCGGCGCCUAUAUGCAGGUGUAACACGCAGCAUGGCGCUGUAUGGGUUGCCGAUAUGGGCGGAUAGGCUCACUAGAGCCAACAGGGCCUUGCUGCGACGACCACAGCGUGUGGUGGCCAUACGUAUCUGCAAGGCCUACACCACUGUGGCGUGGUCGGCAGUCUGCGCUCUGGCUGAGUGCUCGAAGUGGUCGGAUGAGCGGGCCACCCUCAUGACCGCCUUAGAAAUAGGGAACCUCUCGCUGCAAAGUGUAGUAGCUGCGAUGCUGUGCUGCAAGAGGAAAUGGGAAGCAGUGGUUUCCUUCUGCGAGUACGUCAUCUCGCAGAACAUGAUCACUUUAUCGUGCGCGCCUACUGCCUCAAUAGGGUCACUUCCCGACCCUGGGAUGGAAAGGGCGGCCAGCAACUUACUGGUCACCUAUUACAGCAAGAUUCCCGGCACAGAAGCGCCGGGCAGCCUGAGAGCAUCGUGGUGA